AUGACCGAAAUGUACGCUCAGCCUCCGGCCUCUUCGGCUACCGCCCCACCUCAAGGCCGCCGCGUCAGCGUCGCCAUUCCUCCUUCGUCCAUCGCCAUGCCGCCUCCAUCAACAGCUGCCCGCCUAAGGAGCCAUCUUGCCGGCGAGACGUAUUCGCCUGUCAACCAGAACGGAAGUUUCGAGUUUGACCGUGUUAUCAAGAGCGGAUUAUGUGCAGAAGCGCACCUCAAAAACCAAGACCCGAAGCAGAAACGCCCAAACGUCUUUGGUCUGUUUUCGCCAGCAAAGAACUUCCAUUUCCAGGCGCCGACUUUGCAGGAUGCCCAGGAGUGGGUUGACUUGAUCAGGAAGGAUGCCAGGAUAGAGGAGGAAGAGGAGGAGCUUUUCUUGGCCAGCCCACUUCCCCGACGACAAUCCGACCUCAACUACAACGCUGCCGCCGCCGAUCAGGAACGACUUGCUUCGAGCUCACCGGAACCCCUCGAGCCUCCCGUUAGGAUUCUGGCGGCUCCCGGCGGAAGACGGCCAUCGGCCAUUGAAUCUUCAGGAAUGUCGGGAACAGAGCUUGCGUCGCAUUCCGACUUCUCCGAUUCGGAUUUCCAACGGAUACCGGGCCCAACAAUCGAAAGUUUGACUGCGCGGUCUCAAUCUGUAUCACAAGCACGAGUACGAGCAGCACAGGCACAGGCACAGGGUGCCCCCAUGACCCCAGGAGCGAUGAACAUUAGCCAAUCUAGCGGCAUCAACCUCGAGCAGGACCCAGAUCGGAUUAUUUGGCAGGGAUGGUUGCGAUUCCUCCGCAGCAAACGUGGUGUCAAGCAAUGGAAGAAAUCAUGGGCUGUCUUACGACCAAGGAAUCUCAUUCUGUACAAAGACGAAUCCGAGUACUCGGUUCUCUUCGUCGUUGCUUUCUCGUCGAUCGUCAACGUUGUAGACAUUGAUCCACUGAGCAAGUCCAAGGCCCAUUGCUUGCAAAUCAUCACGGACGAGAAGAGCUACCGAUUUUGCGCCCAGAAUGAGGAGGAGCUUGUCCAUUGUCUGGGUGCUUUCAAAAGCUUAUUGGCAAAGAGGAGGGAAUUGGAGUCAAAAGCGGCGGCGUCGACAGCGAAUGCUACCACCGACCAUCAGCCUCGCCCGUCUGCAUGA